CAGAUCUUUGAGCUCUCUCUCUCUCAUCCCUUAGACAACCUUCACUUGAAGGAUUACUCGGUUCCUUUGCACGCUUCAAUACAAAGGCCAUCCGACUGCAGGUUCGCAGACCCUCGAUGGCCAACGAUUGGUCCUACUUCGGUCCCUUUCUCGCGCCGUGAUCCCUUUGCCAUCAUGGGGAAUGUUGCCAGCCGCCUUGACGAUGCGGGGAACUUGUUUUUCAAGGAUCAGAAUCGCUUCUCGAUCGCAUCGGUCACGAUAAGCAACUCACGACGUCGUCUUUUGACUCUAUCCCCCAACGCGUUCCCUGCGGCGAGGUUCGCAGCCAAGCGCGAUGUCGGCGACGAUACUCCGAUCGAAUAUAUUCAGGACCCCGACACCCCCUCCGCCGCUCCGAUCCCGACGUUCAUGCUACGCCUGUCGAACGACGAGGAACUGAUCUUCAACUUCACCUUUAUCAUUCGUCAGACACAGACCGGCAAUUCUCCAAACUCCGUCAAUGGUGUCUCAACAACUAUGCCCGAGGUGGCAGACACCAGCCUCACGGGUCUCACGUUCGCUCACGCAUCCAACUCGAAGGAACUGGAUAAUCUGAUCACAAGAGAGUUCCAUGCAAACCCUAACCUUCAGAAUAACUCUAAUGUCCAGCUUAUCGGAGAUUACUCCACUGGGGGUGCUCCGUCCGUGUCGUUCGAAUGGUCAUGGAGAUGGAAGCCUCCGAAGGUAAUAGAGGACAAAGGCGGCGGCUGGCGCAACAGCUGCAGCUUUUUAGAUUACGACCAAAGAACAAACCGCCUCAACACCCUCGCCCAUUUUUCCUUCUGGGUGCACAACUCCAUGCGUCCCCUACCGAGUCCUCAGAUCUCAUCGCCAAACCUGGAGCUACCCGUCUUCCCGCGCUCUCGUAUCUCAUCAACUCAAUCUGUCCUAUCUCACUAUAGCGAUGCCGAAUCUACCCCGAGUUCGUCUAUUCCUCCUGAGCCAGCGGAGAAGUCCCUCCCGCCCCCUCCUCCCCCUCCUCCUCCUCCGUCCGUGCCACCUCCCCCACCACCAGCUAAGGUGGACCUCCCACACUCGCGGGCAGGCGAUGAGAUGAGCGGAGUGGAGGAUGGACCGUUGUUCCGGGCGACUAUGAAAGCGCUAGAGUCGAAGACAAGCAACAUGCGAAGCAAAAUAAAAAAGGUGCUCAAGAAAGCCGAGAGCGCGCAGCUAGCGCAAGCCAAUUGCAAUGAGGCCAUGGAGGCGUUUUUAACCUCAUUGAAUGAUGCGUCCACGUUCAAUGCAAAUGCUAUCCAACCCGCGUUGGAUCAUUACUUCGAGAAGAUCGCUCGGCAAAUUUUGAACUACGAGCAGCUCAACACGGUGCAACUUCAGAAACUCGUGAUUGAUCCCCUGGUCAAGCUAUAUAAUAACGAUAUUAAACAAGCAGAAGCCAAAAAGAAGGACUGGGAUGAAGAGAGCCGCGACUAUUACGCAUAUGUCAGUCGGUAUUUGGGCCAGCGACAGGAUUCGUUGAAAGAGAAGAAGCGUGCCGAGAGCGAUUCAAAGUAUCAAGUCAAGCGGCGGAAUUUCGAACUGAGGCGAUUUGAUUACUCCUCGUUUAUGCAAGAUCUUCACGGAGGUCGCAAAGAGCAAGAGGUUCUCUCACAUCUCACCAAGUAUGCAAGUUGCCAGGCCAAGAAUUUCCUGUCAGCCGCCAAAAAGGUUGAAGGAAUGACCCCUCAACUGGAUGCCCUGAUUCACGAGGUGGACCAGGCCGACAAGGAGUUCCAAUUCCAGCGUACAGAGCGCGAAGAGAAGCGCCGGGCUCUGGAAAAUGGCAGUAAUCCAUAUCUUGAGCCCGACGUAGUGGCCGGUAUGACGAAUGUACCUACUAUUCCUCCUGGAACUGCCAACGGCGGCCCUCCUGCCGAGGUCGAGCUUGGUAGGGCUGAUAGCACAGGCUCCCAGAUUCGAGGAGUCAUUAGCAACACCUCAUCGAUUUCGUCUCAAGCAAAUGCAGGAUCGGUUGCACCAGCCACAGGGAUCAGUGCACCUGCGUCAAACUCGACGGUGGUUGGUAAUGCGAGCCAGAAUCGCUUCAAGGGUAUCCGAGAUCUUGAGGAACAGAACAGUUUUGGAUCUGACCGAACCAGUGGCCAACAGCGGAAAGAAGGCCUCUUGUGGGCACUGUCCCGUCCGGGAUCUCACAUCGACCCCAAGGGGAUCAACAAACAGGCAUGGCACAAAUUUUGGAUUGUCCUGGAUCAAGGAAAAUUAUCCGAGUAUAGUAACUGGAAACAAAAGCUAGAUCUACACAUGGAGCCCAUCGAUCUACGCAUGGCGUCCGUCCGUGAAGCUCGAAACGCGGAACGACGGUUCUGUUUCGAAGUGAUCACACCCCAGUUCAAACGUAUUUACCAAGCCACUUCCGAGGACGACAUGUCCAAUUGGAUCAGGUCUAUCAACAACGCGUUGCAGAGUGCGGUUGAAGGCCAAGAGACUCCACCUCCCUCCGCAUCUAGGAAUGAUACGCCAACCAGUCGGGAUAUUGGUUCCGUUCUAACAGGGAAAAGCUCAUCUGUGUCUGGCCACCACUCCUAUUCCUCCUCUAGCUCAAGCAACAACGCUGGCGUCAUCCGCCGAACAACAGUCGGUGCGCGCCCGGGCUAUGUCCGUCAUGAUAGCAACAGCUUUGAAGAGAAUCCCGCAAAACUUCUGCAGGUUGUACGGGAUGCGGAUCAAGGCAACAACUGGUGUGCUGAUUGCGGAUCAUCGUCCAAGGUUGAAUGGGUGUCCAUCAACCUCGGAAUCAUUCUCUGCAUUGAAUGUAGUGGAAUCCACCGCUCUUUGGGCACGCAUAUAUCCAAGAUCCGCUCUCUCACAUUGGAUGUACAUUCCUUCUCGAACGAUAUCGUCGAGAUUCUCCUGCAGAUUGGCAACCGCGUCAGCAACAUGAUUUGGGAGGCGAUCCUGGAUCAAUCUCUCAAGCCGAGCGCAAGUUCUACACGAGAGCAGCGGUUGAAAUUCAUUACCGCUAAAUAUGUCGAUCGAGCCUACGUUGAGAAUCUGCCUUCACCACGUUCUCGCUUCGCGACGCCUGAUGAAACACUCCUCGCGUCAAUCAAACAGAACGACAUCCAAGGCGUCCUCUACGGCCUCGCCCUGCGUGGCAACGUAAACAUAACCGAUCGCUCCCGCAACACCCACGCAACCUUCCUAGCCCUCGCCGCAGCCGAUCCUGCGUCCCCGGGCGCCCCACCGACCACUCUCGCCGCCAGGUCUAGUGCAAAAGCCAUCCCGUUCCCUAUUGCCGAGCUGCUAGUCCAAAACGGCGCCGAGAUCCCGCCACAACCCCCUUCCAUCCCUCUCUCCCCCGCAGCCAAGCUCUACCUCAGCCAACGGACCGCCCGCACAUCUGCCUUUAGCGUGCCUCCUCCGCCGCUAGGUGGAAAGUCCUCCGCAAACGAUACCCUGGGCUCUCUCCCAACUAUCCGCAGCAAGGAAUCCUCCUCUUCCUCCAACACUCCAACUCUCGCAGAAAGCAGAGACAAAGACAGAGAGAAGCUCUCCAAAAGAGGAAGCGCUGGCGCCCGCUUUGCGGGGAAAGUGGCUUCACUUGGAAUUGAUCGAUAA